UGAGAAUGAAAGUGAGAGUGCGGUGGUCUGGUCUAGUUUCAGCAGAUUAUAUAUAAAUAAUGGUGGAGAUUUGUGAAGAAUUCGCAGUUUCCCAAAAUCAAAAAUCCCAGAAAGAAAACAAUUAUUAAAAUUAAGAAAAGAAAACACGCAAAACAAGAGAGAGAGAGAGAGAAUAGCAGAAAUCAAGAAUGGAAAGCAAAAUGCACACGUAGUGUGUAUACAAACAAACGGAUAUCGCAUUCGCACCUCCCCAUUAAGGAGUUGAUGCCCGAAAGCUUCUACGCUUUUCUUUUGCUGAACCACACUUGUAACAGAAAAACAGAGUAUCAGCACGGGAAGAGGUCAGCAGAAAAUCAAUUAUAAUAUCAAUGGCUAAAGAUACUUCUAACGUUGAUUUAGCUCAUCGGAAACCUGGUCUCUUGAAAGAUCAAGUUCGGUUGAUUAAAAGGAAGGACUCUGACCGCUAUGAGAUCGCUCCUAUUCCUGAUAAUUUGUCUUUUGAGAAAGGUUUCUUUGUUGUAGUCCGUGCAUGCCAGUUAUUGGCACAGAAGAACGAUGGACUUAUACUGAUAGGUGUAGCUGGCCCCUCCGGGGCUGGUAAGACUGCGUUCACUGAGAAGAUACUAAACUUUAUGCCAAGCAUAGCUGUCAUUUCAAUGGACAAUUACAAUGAUGCAAGUCGGAUUAUCGAUGGGAACUUUGAUGAUCCACGCUUGACAGACUAUGACACUUUGCUGAAAAACAUUCAAGAUCUGAAGACAGGGAAGCCUGUUGAUGUCCCAGUAUAUGAUUUCAAAUCUAGCUCUCGCACAGGAUACAGGACACUUGAAGUCCCAAGCUCCCGUAUUGUGGUUAUCGAGGGCAUCUAUGCUUUAAGUGAAAAGUUGCGUCCUUUUCUGGAUCUUCGAGUUUCUGUGACAGGUGGUGUUCACUUUGAUCUUGUUAAACGGGUUUUACGGGACAUACAACGUGCUGGACAGGAACCAGAAGAAAUAAUACACCAAAUAUCUGAAACAGUGUAUCCUAUGUAUAAGGCUUUUAUUGAGCCUGACCUCCGCACUGCACAUAUAAAAAUUAUCAACAAAUUUAACCCAUUUACUGGAUUCCAGUCUCCUACUUAUAUACUUAAGUCUAUGAGGGAUGUAACUGUCGAGCAAGUCAAAUCCGUCAUGUCUGAAGAACAUGCCGAAAGUACAGAACAAACUUAUGACAUAUAUCUUCUACCGCCUGGUGAAGAUCCGGAGACCUGCCAAUCUUAUUUGCGGAUGCGUAAUAAAGAUGGAAAGUACAAUCUCAUGUUUGAGGAAUGGGUCACCGAUCAUCCAUUUGUCAUAUCUCCAAGAAUAACUUUUGAAGUUAGCGUGCGGCUUCUUGGUGGACUAAUGGCCUUGGGAUACACAAUAGCAGCCAUACUCAAAAGAAGCAGCCAUGUCUUUUCUGAUGAAAGGGUCUGCGUGAAAAUUGAUUGGCUGGAGCAGUUAAACCGUCAUUAUGUUCAGGUACAAGGUAGAGAUCGCAUUGUCGUAAAAUGUGUAGCAGAACAACUGGGAUUGGAAGGUUCAUAUGUUCCAAGAACUUACAUUGAACAAAUACAGUUGGAGAAACUCGUCAAUGAGGUUAUGGCACUGCCAGAUGAUUUGAAAACCAAGCUUAGCAUAGAUGAGGACUCUGUUUCAAGCCCAAAGGAAGCACUUUCCCGAGCCUCAGCAGAGAGGGCGGCAAGAAUCAAGAAUCUUAGAAGUGGCAUGUCACACUCAUAUUCAACAAACAGAGAUAAGAACCUGUCCAAGAACAGGAGGUUUGAGGAUAGGACUGCGGACUCUUCAGCAACAUUAGCGAAUCAGGGGGCUGUCACACAUCUUUCGGAACAGAUUUCUACCCUAAAUGACAGGAUGGAUGAUUUCACGUCUCGCAUUGAAGAGCUAAAUUCGAAGUUAACAAGCACAAAAUCUUCUCCUAGCUCACAAAAUAUAGCAUUGCAAGCUGAAACCUAUAAUGGGUCGGCUCCAACUUCUUACUUCAUAUCAGGUUUGGGGAAUGGAUCUUUAACUGGACCUAUGAUGCCAAAUUCAUCAUCUUCUUCCCAGCUAGCAAAAGAGUCAUCUUUGUUUGACGAGCUAUCGAGUAUAGCAAGAGGUCAGCGCCAAGUUAUGCAUCAGCUGGACAACCUUAGCAAUCUUUUACGUGAAAAAUUGGAGGAAAGAUCAGAACGUGACAGAAGACAUAAUACAAAUGUAACUCCUGAAAAUGAUUUAACAAGAAUUUCCAUAAUCUUAGCAUCAUUGGCAGUCAGCAGUUUGGGAAUCUUUUGGUUCAAGGGUCUUCUAUCCCGAAACUGAGCUCACGCCAGAACAAGUAUCAGCUGACAUGUAAAUUAAAGUUUCUCUUGUCUCUCAUUAUAGAUGAUCUUUUAUUGGGUUCCCCACCCCUAUUAUUUUGCAGCACUGCCCUUCUUGUUCGGGAAUAUAGACUUUGCAUGGAUCAACUGAUGUGUGCUUUUGAGGCAAAUCACCUCUUUUUCUUGUUUAAAGAGUUGUGAAGUGAAGGGCGUAAUUUAGCAAAUUUUGUAGCUU